UCAUGUUUACCAUAAUUAAAACUAAAGAUUUUGAUGUGCGUAGGUAUUCAUAGAAUUUAAUUUAUUUUUGACUGGUGUUACAAUGAGGCCUGCUUUUAUGAGAAGAUUUAGUAGCAGUGGAGAAAAAUUAUGCUUUCGAGAUGAAUUAUAUAAAAAUUAUAUACCUACCAAUUUUUUCCAAAAAACCGUACUAACAGUGGGCUCAGCAGCCGUUGCAUUAUUGGACCCACAUAGAGGUGAUAUGAUCGCAUGCCUAGGGGAGGUGACUGGGGAAAUGUCCCUUAAAUAUAUGAGAGCAAAAUUGCUUGAGAGCCCUGAAGGUGCUACUAUAUUAAAGGAAAUGCCACGCAUAAAUUCGAAAACAAUCUGCUUCAAAACUCUUUCCAAGAUGCCUGAUAGGACGGUAGGUCGUAUAUACGCUGACUUCAUGAAAGACAAUAAUAUAACAGCUGAUUCACGGUUGCCAGUUCAAUUCAUAGAGGACCCUGAUUUAGCCUAUGUCAUGCAAAGAUAUAGAGAGGUUCAUGAUUUAGUUCAUGCUACAUUAUUCAUGAAGACUACCAUGUUGGGUGAAGUUACUGUCAAAUGGGUUGAAGGCAUUCAAACAAAACUUCCUAUGUGUAUUGGUGGAGGUAUUUGGGGAGCAGCAAGGCUUAAACCAAAACAUAGACAACUUUAUUUAAAAUAUUACCUACCAUGGGCCAUUAAAACAGGGAAUAAUGCAAAGUUUUUACAAGCAAUAUAUUUUGAGAAGAGGUGGGACCAAAAUAUUGAUGAUUUCCAUAGAGAAAUGAAUAUUGUUCCACUCACAAAAGCUUAAUUUUCCAGUUUGUAUUGUAGUAUUUAAAUAAAAUAAUACCCUA